UUUUAUUGCACCUAUUAGAAUUAUUGAUAUGUGAUUAUUAGUGCCAGCUAAAAAAAAAAUUGUAAUGAAGUUAAAGUUGUAAAUUUAUCUAUUUUAACCUUAAAUUAGUUUUAAUAACAAAACGGAUCGUUACUAUAGCGAAACGAUCUUAUGAUUUCGGGAUCCGCCUGGACCGUGAUAAUCACGAUCCGAUAGACCAGCACUUUCCGUAUACAACGGAUACCCAACCGAGGAGACUGAAUAUCACGAUACCGUUGAGUGGUGAGCGCAAUAUUUUUUUCUCCGUGAUAGUUAAAUUCUCACCGUGUAUGAUAAUUUUGAUCAAGAAUGACAGUCUUUCGCAAAAUAAAUUUACUGUUUCACUAAAAGACCCUCCUUUAUAAUACAACUAAUAAUAACGAACCCUACGUCUAGAAUAAUUGAAUAUUCAUUAUAUUCUAACUUCGCGUGAGGCAUCGCAGUAACGAAAAAAUCGAAGUUGACAAGACAGCUUUCCAAUUACAACGUUGGAAGCUUAUGACAUGAGACAUGUACAAAUGAAUAAUGUCUGUUAAUGUCACUUGAAUAAAUUAUAAAGAGGAAAACAAUGAGGUAAACCCGUCCUUUUCAUUCAGUUGUAAACUUAACGGCGACAGAAACAAGAGUAGUUAUAACGAUGGAUGUUUUCAAUGCACCCUGCUAUAGACUAAUGAAGUACUCUGCUACAAUUAUAGGUAUAUGGCCGUAUCAUACUCGUCGUAUGAGGAUAAUGACAAUAACUAUUAUUUGGAUUUUUGUCUUUGCGCAAUUUAUUCCACAAAUUAUAGCUCUUACGAUGUAUGCGGAUGAUCCAGAUGUUCAAUUUGAAGCGUGUUCAAAUAUGGCGGUAUAUUUCGGGGCGGCAAUAAAAUAUAUCAACGCAAUGUAUAAAUCAAAUCAGAUGAAAAAACUAUACGAUAGAAUAAUAAGUGAUUGGAAAUUGGUGAAGAACGAAGAAGAAAAAAAAACACAACAGGAGCACGCCGACCUCGGUAAUAUGCUCUCAUCUUCAUGGGCAGGAAUCGCAUAUUGUUCAGCGACAUUUUUUGUAUUGGACCCGAUUGUCCCGAAAUUUUCAAAACUAUUAUUUAACAUAAAUGAAACUGAUCCAUAUCAAUUGCCUCUUCCGUUGGAGUAUAUUAUUAUUGACAGAAGGAAGCAUUACUGGAUAAUGUUGUGUUUUACAUCUGCGAUGGUUUAUAAUAUUAUAAUAAUUCUUGUUUCAUGCGACAUUAUAUAUAUUAACUUAGUGCAACACGCUUGCGGACUAUUUGCAGUCACAGGAUAUCGACUAGAGAAUACACCAACCGAUGAAAAUGAUUCCGAAGUUCGUAAAGGAACCGAUUAUUCACGAAACUCGGAAGAUGUUCCUUACAGACAUUUGGUAUCUUGUAUCAGAAGCCACAGGCGAGCUUUAGAAUAUGCGGAACUUCUUGAAAGCUUAUAUUCUAUAAGCAUGGGACUGAUAAUGGGAAUCAAUCUACCACUUAUAAGUAUCACCGGAUUCCAGAUUAUAACGAAAUCAAAUACAAUACAUCAGUUGUUAAAAUACUCAACAUUCACGAUCUCCCAGAUAGCUCAUCUCUUUUUCUUUUGUUAUAUGUCAGAACGGUUAACAGAGAUGAGCAUACAAAUGCAUAAAUGCGUAGCUAAUGUGAGAUGGUUCAAUAACUCGAUAAAGUCACGGAAUUUGUUAAUAAUAAUGACUAUGAGAAGUCAAGUGCCCUGCAAAUUGACUGCUGCCAAAAUCAUGGAUUUGACUAUUGAAAAUUUCUCAGCGAUGGUAAGAACAUCUGGGUCAUAUUUCACAAUGCUUUUGUCAAUGCAAUAAACAAACUUCCACAUUCUUCUUCAUGUGGUAAAAGUUAGUGUAAAUUAUAUAUAUGAUGAAUUACUCAGAACCUGAUAUUGUGAUACGGGAACAUAAAUUAUUAUUCUAAAUAUGCAUUUAUUUAAUUGUUAAAUAUUAUUAUUAUUUUUAUUAUUGCACAAGUACAGUUUUUUAUAUG